AUUUACAUACUUUACAUAUCACUGUUAUCUUUUUAAUUGCUUAUUUCAAUAUAUGAUUAUUGUUAUUCUUAUACUGCAGUAAUUAAUAAUACUACAUUAGUAUCCUUGCAUUUUCUUUAGAGGUUGAAUUUUUAUGUAUAGGCUUAUGCGGUAAAGUUUUCAAAACAAGUUUUGUGUGACCUUGUAACAUUAUCAUUUUGUAUUAUCGCACAUCGCGUUUGUAUGUCGAUUCUCGAUUACUAUACACCAGUUACCUCCAGUUACAGAAUACGUACAUUACACACAUAUACAUACAACUGGUGCAUUAUUUUUUUUUAUCUAAUUUCAUAAUGGCAACAGGCGCAUUAGUAAAAUCAACGAAGUUAUGUUUGUACACACUGCAUGGAGCAAAGGCAACAGCCUCACAAUGCCGUACAUUCACUACCCAGCUGACUGAUCAGCAGCAAAGCAUACAGGAUCUCUGUAGACGUUUCAGCAAAAAGAAUCUUAGACCAAAUGCAUCGAAACUUGAUUUGGCUGGUAGAUUUCCAUUUGAUGAGAUUAAAAAAUUAACCGACCUAGGUCUUAUGGGAGCCAAUGUUGACGAGGAGUAUGGAGGUCUUGGCCUGGACUACUUGUCUCUCGCGAUCGCAGUGGAAGAGCUGUCCAGAGGAUGCGCCAGUACUGGCAUGAUUGUAUCAAUACACAACUUCUUAUAUGCAAACUUGGUGAAUGAGAAGGGAACAGAAGAGCAGAAGGAGCAGUUUUUAAGAGAUUUCACUAAAGGAUCAAUUGGAUGCUUCUCUUUAAGUGAACCUGGCGCGGGAAGUGACGCAGCAAGCAUAAAUACGAAAGCUAUUCAAGAUGGCGACUAUUGGGUGCUCAAAGGCAAGAAGAGCUGGGUCAGUUCUGCCAUCGAGGGUUCCGCCACGACAGUGUUUGCCACUUUUGAUCCUGACCUUAGACACAAGGGUAUAGCUUGUUUCCUGGUGCCUCUAGAUGCAGAAGGUGUAUUCAGAGGCAAGAAAGAGCCAAUUAUCGGCGUGAGGGCGGUGACGGCUUGUGAUCUGACCUUGGAAGAUGUCAGGAUACCCAAGUCAUACAUGGUGGGCGAGCCCGGGGAUGGCUUCAAGAUUGCCAUGGAGCAGUUGGAUCAGGGCAGAAUAGGGAUCGCCGCUCAUGCAGUUGGUAUAGCCCAAGCGGCUCUUGAUACAGCUAUCAACUAUGCGAAGGAAAGGGUUGCGUUCGGAAAAAGUCUGACCCGACUACCCUCAGUUAAGGACAGGCUGACUGAUAUGUCCAUUCUGGUGGAGACGGCCCGGCUGCUAACGUACCGCGCAGCCACCAACGUGAGCACGAAGAAUAGUGCGAUGGCCAAGUACGUGUCCGGAAGGAAUGCGGCCGCCGUCGCUGACCACUGCGUGCAGAUACUGGGCGGCCGCGGACUGUCCACUGACUACGACGCGGAGCGACACUUCAGGGACGCUAGAGGUACGCAGAUAUAUGGUGGAGUUACAGACAUUCAGAAAAGACUGAUCGGACAUUACCUGCUCAAAGAGAACGAUGCGCUCUGAAAGUGGCGGCGGUAAGCGGGUAGAACUGGUUAGAACUAGUUUUUCUAUGUUAAGGAUACACCAGAAACAAUAUAUUAAAAUUAUUGGACAAUAAACACUGCCCAUGGUGCGGGAAUUCUUGGUACUAAUUCGUGUA